AUGGCAGCUUUAUCUCUGGCGACCCCUUAUUCUCCUUGCCCUUAUAAAAGGGUAGGUGCAAUUCAGUUUGGUGUAUUAAGCGCAGAGCAGAUUCAGAGGAUGUCUGUUUGUGAAAUAACGAGUACAGAGUUAUAUGAACAAGGUCUUCCUAAGGCGAAUGGUUUGAAUGACCUUCGUCUAGGGACAUUAGAUUAUCGUUUAAAAUGCCAAACAUGUUUAAUGGAUGUUAAGAAUUGCCCAGGGCACUUCGGGCAUCUUAACUUAGUUAAACCUGUAUAUCAUUAUGGUUUUAUAGGAGCUGUCUUGCGUGUUCUUCGCUGCGUUUGCUGCUCUUGCGGUCGUCUUCUUAUCUCUCGCCAAGAUCCAAGGUUAUUAGCUGCAGCAGCAGUGAAAACCCCAGCAAAGCGUUUGAAGAGAUUAGUAGAUCUAUGUGCAGGGCGGAGACGUUGUGAUAUUGAACAAGAUACAGCAGAAGAAGGACAAGGUAUAGGAGGAGGUUGUGGUUGUAUACAGCCGAGAUAUUUUAAAGAAGGGCCUAACUUAAUGGUUGCAUUUCCUGAACAAAAGGGUAAUAUUAUAGAGACUGAUGAAGAAGCUCCUGAAGAUCUAAGGAGGGUAUUAGUACCUGAAGAAGCCCUGCAAAUUAUACGUAGAGUAUCUGAAGAAGAUAUUCGAUUGCUAGGGUUUGAUCCUGUGCGAGCUCAUCCCGCCUCUUUCAUUCUUAGCACUCUUCCUAUACCCCCUCCUGCAGUACGCCCGAGUGUUCAAAAUGGAAAUACUCGCAGUGAAGACGAUCUGACGUUGAAGUUGAUGGAUAUUGUUAAGACAAAUGCUUCAUUAAAGAGGCAAGGCGACUCUGUGCCCUCUGCAGUGCUGCAAGAGAUGAACCUUUUGCUGCAGUAUCACGUCACCACCUUCUUCGAUAACGAUAUUCCGGGGGUUCCAGUCGCCACCACCAGAUCUAAGAAGCCUAUCAAGGCGCUGCGGUCGCGACUGAAAGGCAAAGAGGGGCGCUUGCGAGGUAAUUUAAUGGGCAAGCGAGUCGACUUCUCAGCGCGAACGGUCAUCACAGGCGAUCCUAAUCUUCCCAUUGAUGUGGUGGGGGUGCCGAAGAGUAUAGCAAUGACUUUAACAUAUCCUGAGUUUGUCACGCAUUUAAAUAUCAACAAGUUAAAGGAAUUAGUUAAAAAGGGGCCCUUAGAAUGGCCGGGAGCCAAAUAUGUUAUUCGAGAAGACGGAACGAGAUUCGACCUGAGACAUGCAAAGAAAGGGGGAGAGGUUGCGCUGGAGGUUGGUUAUAGGGUGGAGAGGCAUAUGCAAGAUGGAGAUUAUGUAUUGUUUAAUCGGCAGCCUUCUCUUCACAAGAUGUCUAUAAUGGGUCACCGAGUGCGCGUCUUACCUUAUUCAACUUUUCGUCUUAAUUUAUCUGUUACUUCUCCAUACAAUGCAGAUUUCGAUGGUGAUGAGAUGAACUUACACCUGGCUCAGAGCGAGGAAACACGUGCAGAAAUUAAACAUCUUAUGCUUGUCCCCAAGCAAAUUGUUUCUCCUCAAGGAAAUAAGCCUGUUAUGGGGAUUGUACAGGAUUCGCUGCUAGCUGUCAGCAAAUUUACGAGAAGAGAUACGUUCUUAACACGCCCAAUGGUGUUUGAUUUGCUGUUGCAAAUUCCUUACUGGGAUGGCAUUGUUCCUCCUCCAGCUAUUCUUUGCCCUGAGCCUCUAUGGACAGGGAAACAGUUAUUUUCUUUGUUGCUUUGCUUCAACACCAGCACAGGAGGUGGGGGAGCAAACACUCGCAUGCGAAUCAACAUGAUGCGCGAUGUUGGGGGCUUGGUUGACCGAAAGAAAGAGAACUUAUUUAUUUCAGAACGAGAUGAACGUGUUAUUAUUCGACAAGGGGAGCUUCUUGCAGGGAAAAUCUGCAAAAAAACAGUCGGCUCCUCCAGUGGUUCUCUUAUUCAUCUUCUUUGGAAUGAGGCAGGGCCGGAAAGAACAAAAGAUUUCUUAGGAGCAUUACAAAAGCUUGUAAACUUCUGGUUGCUUCAUCAGGGCUUUACAGUGGGGUGUAGCGACAUUAUUACCUCGCCGGAGACUUGCAGAAAAGUAGAGGAAAUUCUGAAAGAAGCAAAAGAAGAAGUAGCGCAUUUGACAAAGCUAGCCCACCAAGGCAGAUUGGAGGCACAGCCUGGGAAGAGUUUAAGAGAAAGUUUUGAAGCAAGAGUUAAUAAAGAGCUAAAUGCAGCGAGAGAAAAGUCGGGAAAAGUUGCAUCUGAACAACUCGAUGAAUCCAACAAUAUAAUGGCUAUGGUGCUGGCCGGGUCUAAGGGGAGUACUAUCAACAUAUCGCAGAUUAUGGCGUGUGUAGGACAGCAAAAUGUUGAAGGAAAGCGAAUUCCGUUUGGUUUUAAUAAUCGUUCUUUGCCUCAUUUUAGUAAAUUUGAUUACUCUCCAGAGAGUAGAGGGUUUGUUGAGCAUAGUUAUUUAACAGGUUUACUCCCUCAAGAACUUUUCUUCCAUGCUAUGGGAGGCAGAGAAGGAAUUAUCGAUACUGCAUGCAAAACAUCAGAAACGGGGUAUAUUCAGCGGCGAUUAAUGAAAGCAAUGGAAGAUGUGAAAGUCAGCUAUGAUAGAACAGUGCGAAACAGCGCACAAGAGGUACUGCAAUUUUUAUAUGGAGAAGACGGAAUGAGUGGUGAAUAUGUUGAAGACCAAGUGAUAGAAUUGAUGCAGAUGGAUGCAGAAAAGAUUCGGCGGGUGUAUAGGCAUGAUUUAGAUCAAGAAAGUUAUGGAAAAGGUUGGAUAUUAAAUGAAGAGUUACGUACGAAGCUCUUCGUUGAUUUCUCUGCUCAACAAGUACUAGAAGAUGAAUAUGAAGCCAUUAAAGAAGAUAAACUGCGUCUAUGUAAAAGUAUAUUCCCUGAUGGAGAGGUUAAACAACAUAUUCCUAUAAACAUUAUGCGUUUGCUUGAAUUUGCUAAGGCGCAGUUUCCCCCGUCUGUAGAACAACUGAAGAAACAAGACCCUGUGGCGAUAGCAAAGAGUGUUUCGGAGUUAUUAAAUGAUAAACUUAUCGUAGUUAAACAAACUUGCAAAGCAGAUACUAUAUCCGCAGAAGUGCAGGAAAAUGCAACUGUCUUCAUGAAAGCGCAUUUAAGAACAGUGCUCAAUUCAAGAAGAUUGAUGGAGAGAGAACAACUCGGCGUUAAGGCAGUUCAUUGGUUACUAGGUGAGGUAGAGCGUCAAUUUCAUCGUUCUUUAGCGCAUGCAGGAGAAUGUGUAGGAGCAAUAGCAGCUCAGUCUAUAGGAGAGCCGGCUACUCAAAUGACUCUAAAUACCUUUCAUUUUGCUGGUGUUGGUUCUAAAAACGUUACUCUUGGAGUUCCCCGUCUAAAAGAACUCAUCAAUGUUGCGAAAACUGUUAAAACGCCGAGUCUUACGGUGUAUCUGCUCGAUGAAGGAGCUUACGAUCAAGAAAGAGCAAAAGAUGUACAGACGCACUUAGAACACACAACGCUGGAGAAGGUCUGCACUGUUGCGCAAGUUAUAUAUGAUCCAGAUCCUACGAAGACAAUAGUUCCUCAAGAUAAACAAUGGGUUGGAGAUUAUUAUGAAUUCCCUGAUGAAGAAGAAUUACCUCAAAGUUUAGGACGGUGGCUGCUGCGUGUACAGCUGGACUCAAAAGUAAUGAUAGACAAGAAGCUAACAAUGAAAGAGAUAGGGGAAACAAUAUACAGGGAGUUCGAGAAUGAUGAAUUAGACUGUAUAUGGACAGAUGAUAACUCCGAUGAACUUGUACUAAGAAUAAGAAUAAAAAAACAUGGAGCGGAACAAGACUCAGUGGAUGAUCAGGCAUCUGAAAUAGAAAAUCGCUUCUUACAAAAACUCAUGCUUCAUUGUCUUGUAGGAAUUACACUUCGAGGAGUCAACCGAAUUACGAAAGUCUAUAUGAGAGAAGAAGCUAGAACGCUUUACAACGAGACAACUGGAAAGUUUGAACGGGUGAACAACUGGGUGUUAGAUACUGACGGAUGCAAUCUAGAAGAAGUAUUAACGUGUCCUCGUGUAGAUGCAACAAGAACAACAAGCAAUGAUAUAACAGAAAUAUUUGCUGUACUUGGAAUUGAAGCUGUUCGGCGUGCAUUAUUAAGAGAACUUCGUGCAGUUAUAUCUUUCGAUGGUAGCUACGUAAACUACCGUCAUUUAGCGGUUUUGUGCGACUCUAUGACUCAGAAAGGAUAUUUAAUGAGUAUUACUCGCCAUGGUAUAAAUAGAGUAGAGAAGGGGCCUUUAAAGAAAUGUUCUUUCGAGGAAACUGUUGAAAUUCUCAUGGAAGCUGCUAUCUUUGCAGAAACAGAUCAUUUAAGAGGUGUUACAGAAAAUAUUAUGCUUGGUCAGCUAUGCCCUCUAGGUACAGGAGAUCCUGAUUUAUUAAUAGAUGAAGAGAAGCUUCGAGAUGCGCACAGAGCUUCUCAACUGCAACAAGAAAGCAGCAGCAGUGCUGCUCUUGAAGGCGUCCUGUUAUCUCCUGGGGGCGGUGAAGGUACUUCUCCAGAUGCUGCUGGCUCUCCUUCUCCUCAUGCGCUUUCUUCUGUCUUCUCUCCUAUGCCUUUCUCAACAGUUUAUUCUUCUUUUGCUCAAUCACCCUCCAACCCUCUUUCUCCUACUUCACCAUCAGCUGUUGAUGGAGCUGUUGUAGAUACACAGGCUUUAGGAGGGAAGUUUUCUCCUCCACAACAAACACCGAGAUCUCCUACUUCUCCUGUAUCUCCUCUUUCUUGCUUCUCUCCUCGUGAGCAGCAAAACCCUAUGUCUCCCAUUGCUGGGGGUUGCUUCUCGCCUGCUUCUCCGCUGAUUACGAGCUGCCUAGACACCGUAUCUCCUUCUUAUUCGCCUUCUUCUCCUCUUCAAAGCCCUUAUUAUCAACCCAACACAAGAGACACAGGAGCAGGAGGCUUAGGGAAUAUUGCUUCUCCUUCUUACAGCGCAUCUUACUCCCCUACAUCACCUACGUUUUCUCCUGCAUAUUCUCCUUCUUCUCCUGCUUCUUAUUCGCCUACAUCACCUGCUUACUCAGCUGCUGGUUUAAACCCUUCUUCUCCAGCAGUUGCGCCUAUAGCUCCUUUUUCUCCGAAUGCAAAUGCUGCUACAUCUCCUUCUUAUUCUCCGACAUCUCCUGUUUACUCUGCUACAUCUCCUUCAUAUUCGCCUACCUCUCCUCUUCAAGAGCCAACAUCUCCUGCUUAUUCCCCUACAUCUCCUGCUUACUCUCCUACUUCCCCUGCUUACUCGCCUACUUCUCCUGCUUAUUCUCCUACUUCUCCUGCUUAUUCUCCUACUUCUCCGGUGUACUCACCACAAGCUGGAGGCUAUGCAAACGUUGCUUCACCAGCUUACUCUGUGCAAUCGCCGCGAUACUCCCCCACCUCUCCGCUUCAGGGGGCCUCCUCUCCUACAUAUGGAGAAGGGGCGCAGGAGUAUUCUCCUACUUCUCCAGCCUAUGAACCCGCAGAUCCUUUCUCACCGAAUCCGUAUGCUACUGAGCUCACCCAAGACAUUGAAGGAGAAGACAGCGAGGCUGCAGUUGAGGCCUCUCCUCCCUCUUCUCCGCAAACCCAACAGGAAAACCCCGAAACGUAG